AUGGAGACAAGUAACGUGGGGUUUAGGUUUUGUCCAACGGACGAGGAGCUGAUAAACUAUUUUCUCAAGAACAAGAUUCUAGGUAAACCAUGGUUAGUCGACGAUAAGAUUAGAGAGGUUAGCAUAUGUAGUUACGAACCAGCGUCUUUGCCUGCUUUAUCAAUGAUCAAAUCGAAGGAUCUUGUAUGGUACUUCUUAUCUCCAAAGGAGUACAAGUCUCCAAAGAAGAGCCUAACGAAGAGGACUACACCUUCUGGGUUUUGGAAAUCUACCGGUAAGGAUCGAAAAAUCAAGGAGGACAAAAGAAGAGACGGUGUUGUGAUCGGUAUUAAAAAGACCCUUGUGUACCAUGAAGGUAAAUCUUCUAAUGCAGUUCCAACUCCUUGGAUUAUGCACGAGUAUCACAUCACUUGCUUGCCUCUUGCUGAUCAGAGUAUCUAUGUUAUAUGCAAGCUAUUUUAUAAGGGCAACGUUGGAGACAUCCCAUCCGGUAGCAACUCGACUAAACCAAGUCACUAUUUGGUCAUUAGUGAUUCAAACACAGUUGAAGCGACUAACACACCGCCUCAAGUUGAGCAGGCAGGUCAAGAAAGUUUAUCUGGCUUCUCUGUGAACGAUGUGACAAUGCUGAUGAACGAGCAAGAGGAUCUAUCUCCUUGGGAUACACUGUGUCCAAUUCCAAAUACGUUGUUCAUUGACAACAACGACAACACUAAAGUGCAGCUACAAACUACUUGCUUAGCACAAAACGAUGAUGAGGAUCUUGGUGCAUUCACGCAGAUAGAAUCUUUGCUUGCUGAUCAUCAAGAAUUCAUAACGCAAGAGAACUUUGAGGAGUACAUGCUAAAAUGGUCUUGCUUAUUAUAG